GCCCCCUUGUGUUUUUGUGCAGUAUAAGUCAAAGCAGCUCCUGUUUUCAGCUCUCCGGAAUCAGUCAAAAUGCCGGUAGAUUUAAGCCUGUGGACAGGGGAUCUUGCACUAACAGAGGUGGAUGAGAAGCCUGCACAGACCCUCCAUGUCAAGUAUGGCUCUCUUGAAAUCGACGAGUUGGGCAAAGUGCUCACGCCAACACAGGUGCAGAGCAGUCCCACCUCUAUAGAGUGGGAGGGGUGUGACUCCACUAAGCUGUACACCCUGGCCAUGACCGACCCCGACGCACCCAGCAGGAAAGACCCCAAAUUCGGGGAGUGGCAUCACUUUCUGGUGGUGAACAUGAAGGGAAACGAUGUAUCCAGUGGAUGUGUUAUGUCCGACUACGUUGGGUCCGGCCCUCCAAAAGGCACUGGUCUCCACAGGUAUGUGUGGCUGGUCUAUGAGCAGUCAGGAAACCUCUCCUGUACGGAGCCCGUCCUCACCAACUGCUGUGGAGACAACCGUGGCAAGUUCAAGAUCCAAGCCUUCCGCCAGAAAUACGGACUGGGAGUUCCCGUGGCUGGAACCUGCUAUCAGGCAGAAUGGGAUAAUUAUGUCCCUAAACUCUAUGAGCAACUGGCUGGAAAAUAAACAAAGGAGUAUUCAGAAAUUAACAUUAUGUAGAUAAGAUAUCAUUGUGGUUCCUGCAGUUGCCUGCCACACUGAAUUAUUUUACAAUUGUAUUGUGAGCAAUGCCCAUGCUGACUCAUUUAAAAAGUAAUCUCUCUAUCCCCAUGAUCAGUCAAACGAAACAGCUAAUCUGGUUUGGUUUAUAUUCUGUAGUCGUUGACCGUUCUCCAACACUGUUUGAAUGAGUUACUCUCGGUUGCAUCAGUUAUUUUUGUAGACACUGGCAUGGUGCUGGAGUACUCCUUUAACACAACCUGGCCCUGCGUGGACCUUGAAUGUGGCCAAGAUGUCAUUAAUAGGGAGCAUCAGCACACUCAAAUCCAUGACUACCUAUAUUCAGUUGCCUAAACUUGCUGUUAAAAAUCCAAUGACAGAUGUUGUGAUGAGCACUUUAUUUACAAAUAUAAUUAAAAGCUCUGACAGAUUCAUGCUUUCUCUUAACCCUGGAAAACAAAAUGAAAAAGCAUGCAAUGAUAAAGCAUUUAUUUACUGAUCUGGUUUAUAAGAAAAUACUCCGCAGCUUUUAAAGCAAAAAGAAUGACAAGAGAAAGAAACAUUGAGGAGUAUGAGAGAAAUCAUCCAUUAAAAAAGAAAUAUUUGAAUAACAAUUAAAAUACGAAAAUAAGUAAAAGCUCUACAUAAAUUGUUCUAUAUACAUGUCCCUCCCCCUGCGACAAAGCCCUUUGUGCUACCUGGGAGUAGGGAUUCACAUGGUCGCCGUCUCAAAUCACACCCCUAUUCCCUAUAUAGUGCACUAACCAUUGCCCUAUAAGUACUGCACUACAUAGGGAAUAGGGUGCAAUUCCAGACGUAACCAUGUAAUAUUCACAUUACAUGCCAGUGCAAUAAAGUGGAGUACCAGGGUGCAUUGCCCCUCCCAAGUCAAGUUAAUAAUCAAAUUGAUUCGCGUACCAAUAUGUACAUUAUGACUUAACAUUUUUACAUAAAAAUGUCCUGAUGAAUAUAAAUCUAAAAAAAGAGUUGAAGGAACUGGAAGCAGCGCCAAGAAGAUGACAAGGCUGCAGAAGGAUCAGUUUGUUUUUGGGCUUGAAGUUUUUGCACAGCUUUAACCAAUUAUUAACCUCUAAUGUGUGAUCAAUGAGCAACACAACAUUAUUCACUUGUAUCUUCAUGCUCGUUCUGUCUUAUUCUCCCUCUCUGGUUUCUGCUUAGUCACACUACAAGUGCCAUCACUGCACAAGAAACAGAAACACUGACAUUGUAUUGUUAUUCUUUAAAAGAAAGAAAGCCUAGGAAGUUAUCCAGCAUUUUUUUUGUCAUCUUGUAACAAAUUUACUGACUUGCCUAGU